CCUUUUACUUCUAAGAGCAAGUCGAUUGGAGGUCUUUUACAAGGGGUUCUUAGCAAAACUGAAAAAAAAAUAAAUCAAAAAGUCCAAAAUAAAGAAGAACCGCCGCCUAAAUUGGGUUUUUUAGAAAUGGUAAGAAGCCCUAACGUGGCGCCUUGUGAUUGGAAAACCCUCCCCCGUCAGUUGCUCUCUCUCUCUCCUUCGCCGCUCGACUUCUCCGUCUUCGCAUGCAAAGCUCGUUUUCUCUCUAGAAUCUCGUCUCCAGUCUCGUUUCUCUCUCGAAUCUCGUCUCCAAUCUCGUUUACUCUCUCGAAUCUCGUCUCAAAUCUCGUUUCUCUCGAAUCUCGUCUCGGACCUCGUCUCGAUCUCCUUAUCGUCGGUUGUGAAGAAAAUCUCUGGAAGGAAGUGGGGUUUUUGCAGUGGACAAGCUUGUAUCUCUGUAGAUUACGCUCUUGUAGAACAGAGUUUUACGUCUUCUCUGAUUGAAACUUUGAAGCCGAUGAUAAGGUCUUUCUUCGGGGAAAACCCUAAAGAAUCUGGAUGUCUCUCUAGGAUUGUUACCAAGAAACAUUUUCAGAGAUUGGCUCGUCUUCUUAAUGAUCCUGGUGUUCAAGCUUCAAUCGUUUAUGGUGGCUCCACCAUUUUUCUCUGAGUGUAAAAGAAUUUGUCUUUCCUUUUGGCAAGCACCAUUUCUCUCCGAUUGUAAAAGCAAAACUUGUGUUUCCUUUUGUGUAAUCAUUUGUCUUAAAGCAAAUACCAUUUCUCUUAUCA